AUGGACGACUCUGAGGGAACCAGGACUUCAAGGUCGCCGUCUAUGGGUCCCGCCGGGACAUACCAGUUUGAAGCUGAGGACAUGGACGACGACGAUAUUUACGAUCCUGACUUUGAAGACGAGCCAGAUGAAGACGAUGGAGAGGACGAUGACGAGUUUCACGAUGCCGAUGAUGGUGGCGACCGCGGCGUCGAAGUCGAGGUGUUCAUGGGUGCUGGCGACGAAGACGAGGACGAAGGCGAAGACGAGGAAGGCGCGGCAUCAGAGACCACCAUCGCGAGGAUAAUGGCCCUGAUCUGUACGUUGCGCCGUAAUGGUCUCUGCUCAUACGGCCUUGCCGGUGCUGCAGGAAAUGGCACGGGUUUUCUCACGCGGGCUCAGUUGUUAGGCUUGAUUCAGAGCGGCGAAGUGACCUUACGCCACAACGUCAACGAUGAAGACGACGAAGAUGACGACGAAGACAUUGCUUGGGGAAGAAGACGAAGACGGCCUCGCCCCAGAGAGCCCAGUCGAUUCCCCAAAGUGCCAAGCGACGAGGGCACGAAACUGAUGCACUCAGGUGCCUUCGGCGUAAAUGAACAGCGCGUCACCAAAAAGAAACAGUUGGCGCGGAGGAUUCUCGAUCGCGAACUUGGCUUGGGCGAUGGAAGGGACCGAAAACAGAACCAAGACCUGAUGGCCCAGGGCAUGAUACCCUCAACCAACGCUGAGAUGAUCAUACAUUACGACGACCCUGUAUACUCGGGUCAGUUCUCCGAUGACGGCAACUUCUUCUACGCCUGCGGCCACGAUUUUAAGGUCCGUAUGUACGACACGUCAAAUCCGUACAACUGGAAAUAUUACAAAACGGUCAACUACCCUUGGGGACAGUGGACAUUGACAGAUGCGUCUCUCAGCCCCGACAACCGCUGGCUCGCUUACACGUCGAUCCAAAGCAACGUAUGUUUGGCGCCCACGGACCCGAAUGACACAGGAGACCCAUACACCUUGGAUCUCGCAGAGCGGAGUGCGGGAACGCAGCACGCCGGGUGGCGCUCGAGGCAUUCGUUCGGAAUCUGGUCUGUCCGGUUCUCCGGCGACGGUCGGGAGCUCGUGGCGGGCACCAACAUGCAGUCGAUCGUCGUUUACGACAUUGAGUCGCGCACUGUGUUGCAUAACGUCGUCGGUCACGAGGACGACGUGAACGCCGUGUGUUUCGCAGACAAGUCCUCACCGCACAUUCUCUACUCUGGCUCGGACGAUGCCACUAUCAAGGUCUGGGAUCGGCGUAGCAUGGGAGAUGGGCGGCCGGCGGGUGCUUUCGUGGGCCACGUCGAAGGUCUGACAUACAUCGACAGCAAAGGUGACGGCCGCUACAUCCUUAGCAACGGGAAAGACCAGACCAUGAAGCUCUGGGACCUCAGGAUGGUCAUGUCCUCGUCCAAGUUCGACGAAGUCAACCCCACAAGAUUGACCAGCAAUAGUGAUUUUGAUUAUCGAUGGGGAACGUACAGAGACGAGGACUGGUUCCCGCACCCCAACGAUAACUCCCUCGUCACGUUCCGUGGACACCGCGUGAUGCGCACGCUGAUCCGUUGUCACUUUUCGCCUCCUUCGAGCACGAACUCGCGAUAUGUGUACUCUGGCAGCCAGGACGGCAAGGUUUAUAUAUGGAACUUGGACGCCACGUUGGCUGGCACCAUUGAUGUGAGAAAGACGACCAAGAACUCGAGGCCCCUGGAGCGGAGGUAUCGUAUAUAUCAUGGCAAUGACUUCCCUGGGUGGAAUACCUGCGUGCGUGACGUCAGCUGGCACCCCAACGCACCGGUCCUCGUUGCAUCUGCUUGGAACGGCUUCAACAUGGCUCAUGGAACCUGUACACUUCAUUCAUACAACGAAGCCGACGAAGACGAGGCGGAACCUCCAAUGGGCCGCAGUGUGGACGAGAAACUCCGCCCAGUCGGAGAGGGCUUCCAGUUGUAG